AUGUCCUUAGCCUUUGCUAUCGCAUUAAUUGUUCUUAUAACGGAAUUUAUUCUUUGGUUUGGAUAUUCACAGAUCGCGAGUUUGGCAUAUGGCAUUUAUUUAAAUGCUUUUGAAAAGGAGAGGAUACAAAAACAGAGAAAAAUCAAGAGAGACAUAUUGAAUGUUAAACAUGACUUGGCAAGAACAAGUUCUCAGGAUCAAUUCGCCAAAUGGGCAAAGCUGAGACGAAAAUUGGAUAGUAAAAUGAGCGAAUUAGAUAAAAUUACAACAUCAUUAGGUUAUUUAAAAACAUCCUUUGAAAUCAAAUUUACUACAUUUCUAUGGGUGUUUUCCAAUGGUAUGCAAUUUUUUAUGGUACUAUGGUAUCGAUCAUCACCGGUUUUUUACCUUCCACAGGAUUGGUUUAGUCCAAUAUCUUGGAUUUUCUCUUUGCCGUUUGCACCAUCAGGUUCGGUAAGUGUGCCCUUCUGGUUUUUCAUUUGUCGCAAGUUUUCUAAAAAGGUGAUACAAACCAGCAAAGAUGCAGUUCCAUUAUAUCAUAGUUAUGCACCUGAAUCCUUGAAACAACAUGGUCCUUUGGUGAUCCAAUGGUGUAUCAUAAACAUUCAGAAAUUCACACCCAUUGUAGUGCAAUGGGUAAAUACUAAAGCGAGAACAUUAUGUAACGUUAUUAUUGAGAAAGCUAAACCGGUAGCGAAUACAAAACCUUUUUCAACAAAUAAUGCUUCAGUCGCUUCAACAUCAAAAGAAGAGGAUCACAUUAAUAGAACCGAGACAAAGGAAAAGAACGAGAAAGUUUCGGCAAGUGGUUAA